UUUUUGUCGCGUCGUGAUAUAGAGUUUACGACACGUAGCGUACGCCACUUCACGAGCUACCACAUGUUAUACUUUGUACCCAAACACAACCUUCAAAACAAUUCUAACGUACCAUUUCCGUGCCCGUAGACUGGAAAAAUGGUGUUCGGCCUUCUGGCUCUCGUGGGGACGGUGCCCAUGACCGCGACAUCCGUUCUGACCCUGCAAAGCCAAACAGAAAACGCAAAGAAAGAGGCUGAGGAGGACGAGGAUGACUGGAAAGGCGAGAAAUGCCAUAUGCGAUGUAGAGCGACUAUGAGAACGCCCGAGGAUCGCAAAGAGUUGUUCAAGGAUAGUCGAAUCGUACUAUGCGGCGGCAGGCUAUACGUCCAGCUAUCGACAUACGAAGGACCAUCGCAUCACCCUUUCACCGGCUAUUACCUUCCCUUCCCCAAGAAAGACUACGAAGGCAUCGUAUCUACAAUCUCAGAUAACCCGCCACAACUCAAUUGGGUCUAUCUGGAUACCGAUUCCGACAUCUUCCAGUUCAGCCAUGGACUACGCGUGGACGCAGAAGAGGGGCAGGCUGGGCCUUUCGACGCUCGCGUCUGCUCAAACGGGGAGAAGCGCUAUACCUUUGAGAACUGGGAGGGCUUCAUCGCUGUUGAGAGUGAGGGCGAGCCGGGUCUAUGGAGACUCUGCUUCGACAAAUACAAUGAUGGACUGAAGGGCAAGAUCCGCGAAGGCCGUAGAACUGUCGAGGUGGAGCUGAUACGGGAAGAUAUGGAGGACUGAUGGCUGAUUGCGGUGUUAGCGACUGUCCACCCAAUAUCCCAGUUCGCAGCAAACAACGUCUCAGAUUGCAUUCUUUCAUUUGGCGCGUUCGCAGCGACCUCUUGGAAUACAAACGAAGACGCAAGCAGUAUAGUAGACUCUGCCACGCAGUAGGAGGCGGUGUU